AUGGUUGGAGAUAAAAAUGGAAGUUUAGAGGAGGAAUCAGGCUCCCAUUCAACAGAUGAUGAGUUUGAAGACAUAAACACUAAAAGUGUGGGAAAAACUGUCUCAGGGUCUACAGAGUACCUGAGGAAGGUAGAAAAUUAUGAUCUACCAAACAUACGGGAGACCAUCAACCGUCUUCACGGAAAAGAAAUGUUACAAAGAACACAAGCAAUAGAAGCAGAAUUUUAUGAACGUUUAAUUGAACUUAGAAAAGAAAAUGAAGUUGAAGUAACAAAAAUUAUGAACCGUAAAAAUGCUGAAUUAAUCGCUGUACAAAAGGCUGCUGAACUGAAACAUCGUGAACUUCGUCAGGCAAUAGAUAAGCUAGAAAAUCAAUUAUCCGACACGGUCAACAAUGCUGAUCAAAUUAAACAUAACUCUGAGGAAAAAGUGAAUCAGUUACAAGUAAUGAUGAAUAAACAAUUUGAAAAUCUUUUGAAACAAUCCAACGAACAACGUGAAUUUCUUAUUCAAGAACAUGAAAAGACAUUGAAAGGCUUACAAUCCAAAAACAAAUCUACUUUAAAGGAACUGGAAAUAAAUAAAUCCCUUGUUAAAGAACUAGAAUCAAAACUGGAAUUACAACAUAAUCAAAUUAAAAGUUUAGAAGAACAAUUAACAAACGUUCUAAUUGAAAAAAAUGAAAUAGAAGACUCAUUAAAGAUUAAAGGUGAAAAGGAGAAGGAAGCAUCAAAGAAACUGAAACAACUCCAAUGUGAUAUAAAUGAACUAACAGAUAGAUAUCAAACAUUAGAGUCAAAGUAUAAUGCAUGCCUUGAAGAUCACAACCAAGAGUUAAAACAAAUUCGUUCUGAGCACGCUAAACGUAUAUGUACCAUGGAAUUAGAACAAACGAAUAAAGAACAACAGUAUAAAACUAAUAUGGAAACAAUUAAAGAUGAGUUUAGUACCAAACUGGAGGAAAGUCGUCUAUCGUGUAAACGUCAGCUAGUCACAGAAGUUAAGGAAGCCGAAACACGUGGUUAUGAAAAGUGUUUGUCAAUUAAGAAUGCUGAGAUUUCAGUUUUACAACAAGUUAUUAAAGAGACCAAGGAAUCAAAUUCAAAGGAUGAAAUUAAAUAUCAAGAAAUUAUCAGUCAAUUAAAGAGUGAGAUCACCAGAUUAAAUAAAAGAAUUAAAGAAAUCAGAGAUACGUAUGAGGACAAAGAAAAUCAUUUGUUAACUACUAUAACAAAAUUACAAGACGAACAACAAUUAGAGCAUAAUUCAACUUAUAAUUCAUUAAAUGGAACAACUCAAAACCACACACAAUUUGCAAAUGAAAUUAGUCCUAUCAUAGAUACAAUAGGUGAAAAACUACUGAACCAAAUUACACAGUGGAAGUAUCAACAAGUACAAGAGGCAGUUACAUUAGCAAAACAAGAAGAGUUAAAUCGUUUAGAAAAUUCGUUCAAAGAAAAGGAAGCUACCAUACGUAGUGAGUUAUCAUUGAAGCUUGAGAGUGUGCAAAACGAAAAAAACCAAGUUAUCGAAACAUUGACUGGUGCAUUGAAUUUGUCUAAGUCAGAUAUCAUAAAGCUUGAAGCUGAACUUAAAGAAGCUAGACGUAUAGCAUUGACAGAAGUGGAAUUAAGACGUGAACAAUUAUCAGAAAUUAGUUUAGCACGUGAAUUAGAACGUAAAGAACUAAUUGCUAGACACGAAAGUACUUUAAGUGAAGAACAGUCUAAGAAUAAAGAAGCUAUUCUAAGAUUACACCAACAACACGCAGAAGAAUUGAAAACGAUAUCUUCUCAGCGAUUGAAUGAAAGUCAAUUAAAAAUAAGUGAUCUAGACAUGAUAUUACAAAGGGCUUUACAAGAAAGAAAAAGCAUACACGAAGCAUUAUCCAAAUCAUUUCAAAGUGAAAUUGAGCAAAUGAAAACUAAACAACAGCAAGAAGUAUUGAUAUUGAAGGAAGCUAUAGCAAAAGAGCGUACUAGAGCACGCUUAGCAGAGGUUUCUCUUCAUAAACAAGAAAAGGCGUGGAAUGAUAUGAAAACUCGCUGGCAUGAAGAGUGCAUAGAAUUAGGAAACUCGCUACCGAUUGAAGCACGUACACACAUGGAGGCAACUAUUGAGGCGUUGCGUCUUCAGGUUAAUCUACUGAGAAAGAGAAUAAGCAUAAUGGAAGAGGAUCGGGAGACAACCAUCGCAUAUCCACAAACAUUCCAAUUCAGUGACCAAGAUGUAUUAUUAAUAAACGAAAACUCAGAACACAAUGAAUCACCAGUAAAAGACCAACCUGAAGCAAACCAAGACAAUUCAGAUAAAUGCAAAUCAAACGACGACUUAGUUACUUUAGGAGAUAAUUUACGAUGGAGAAUUUCAACUGUGUGUACAAAUUCACAAACUGAUCUAAACACAUAUCCUCUAAAAGCUAUUUGUUCAGGAAAUUAG